GUCCAAUGAAUCACUGUGAAUGUUCACAAACUGGCAAAUUGACCAUCUAUCAACUGGAAAACUAUAUAGAUAAAGAUAAACUUGAAUUCAUAAGGCAUAGACAUGAGAAGGAAUUCAAACAUUAUCAGACAAAGCAUCCAUUUGAGAAAAAAGAUAUCCUUUAACCAAAUAUUCCUUUGAGCUAUCCCAUUCAAGAGGCUGAGGUGAUGCCCUCGCACACCAUUGUACUUCCAGGGCUAGGUUUCCAUGGAACAAGUAGAGAAACUUUAAAGGUUCUUCUACAGGCAUCCUUUGGUAAUCUGAAUACCCUUGCUGAUGUUUCUGAAGAAGUGGUCCAAGGACGGCUGAUUAUCACUAAUUCCUAUGUGAAGCUUUUGAAUCAUAUACUGAAACAUGUUACAUACACUAGUACAACGUACCGACUAGAUGUAGUGGAUAUGAUGAACUUUACAGAUGGAACUUACUUUGUUAGAUUUCCUGCAACCAUUCUACAACUGCACCUUCCUAAGCUAUUUGACUCAGGGCCAGAAAAGAACAUUAGAAACAUGGUAACCAUCACAAUAAAAGCAUUUUUACGCUAUCACAAGCUGCGGAUUCUCCUGAAAAGCAUAAAACAAUACUAUCCGAAUACAACAGUAAUUGUGGCAGAUGACAGUGAACACCCAGAGAAGAUUGAAGAAGCAAAUGUUCAGCGUUACAUUAUGCCUUUUGGAAAGGGCUGGUUUGCAGGGAAGAACCUUGCAAUUUCAUAGGUCACAACCAAGUAUUAUCCUUGGGUGGAUGAUGACUUCACCUUCACUGAAAAAACAAAGAUCAAGAAAUUUGUGGAUGUGUUAGAGAAGAGCAACUUGGAUGUGGUUGGAAGCAGUGUGGAUGGAAAUGAAUAUAAGUUUAAGAUGUUCUGUCAGGAAGGAGAAGAUAGCAGCUGUUUGUACCUCAGAAGCGGCUUCUACUAUCCCUUGGAAGGCUUUCCCAACUGUGUGGUGACUAGUGGUGUAAUCAAUUUCUUCCUGGCUCAUACAGAGGAAAGCAGGCGUGUUGGAUUUGAUCCUAAGCUACAGAGGGUGGCUCAUUUAGAAUUUUUUAUGGAUGGGCUUGGAAGCUUGCAGGUUGGCUCCUGCAAUGAUGUUAUCAUUGGUCACCAGUCACACCAAAUUUCCACCAACAUACUAGAAGCUAAUGUUGAAAAAUUGUAUGAUAGAUUUCGGAAUAGAACUGAGAAAGAACUUAGGUUUAAACUGCCCUUACAUUACUUUAAGAACAGAAUGAAAUGCUAUUCAAAGGGCAGAUUGAUUCUUCCAAGUCUGAAUAGUUUUGGAAUGAAUUCAGCAACUUUUAAUUAUUUUGUUUUAGGAGCUGUACUUUUCCUCUUUGACAACUCAGUGUUUUACAGACUUCAUUAAAAAAUGAUGGUUUUUAGUGUCCUUUGUGAAUCUUCUCUACUGUGGAAGUUCUAAUAGAAGAAUUCUUUCUUCCAGCUCUUUAUAUAUUUAACAAUAAAUAU